AGGGGCGGUCGCCGCCACGGCGCCGUGGCGUCACGGCGCGAGCGCGCCGGUGCCGGUGGCAGAGGGCGGCGAUGGCCUCGUCGGUGGUGCGGGCCACGGUGCGCGCCGUCAGCAAGCGGAAGAUCCAGGCGACUCGCGCCGCCCUCACCCUGACCCCAUCAGCUGUUCAGAAGAUAAAACAGCUUCUUAAAGAUAAACCGGAGCAUGUAGGUGUGAAAGUAGGUGUACGUACAAGAGGAUGCAAUGGACUUUCAUACACGUUAGAAUAUACAAAAUCGAAAGGGGACUCUGAUGAAGAAGUGGUUCAAGAUGGGGUUAGAGUGUUUAUUGAGAAGAAGGCACAGCUGACGCUUCUAGGAACUGAAAUGGACUAUGUAGAAGACAAACUGUCCAGUGAAUUUGUCUUCAAUAAUCCAAACAUCAAAGGAACAUGUGGCUGUGGAGAAAGCUUUAACAUCUGAAAUCUCAGGACUACUACUUUUAUUUUUGAGCACCCCAAAACACUUACAGCUUUCGGAAGCAAACACAUUUUCUUCAGGUUCAUAGGCAUUGUAAAAUGUCGAUACUGUUAAGAAAAACAAAUCAUUCUGAAAACAUAAAUUUUGUGUUAAAUUCCACCACUGAUGUAGUUAUGCUGUAAUUUGUGAUGAGUUGGAAUCCAAAAGGUAAGAACAGUAAGUGCUGUAAUAACAUCUCUGUACUUUCACAUGCCAAUGAAAUAAAAUCUCACUGUUCUUUUCCUUUGUCA